ACGCUUUUUCAAACGGAGGAAUAAAUGGCUGUCAAGACUCGUUUACCAACUGCAGUCCAAACGACGGCAUCCUCCAUCCUUUCAAUUAUAUUUGCGUCAAAUACAUUUCAGUAUUUACAUCUCGUCUACAGUAUGUUUAAAACGUCGAUGUCGUGAGAUAACUCAUCGCUCGUUUAUAAACAAAGUCACGUGAUGCCCGCGUAUGUCUUGAACGUCUCGCGUUUUAUCGCGAACAUAGAAUGUUUACAAAAAUAUUGCACGAAAUUUCGAAGGGAUGGGUGCAGCCACCUUCAUAUUUAACCCGCAUUUGCGUGUGCUUAUUUUCACGCAUAGCGAGAAUAUCCCCGAUAUCGACCACGGUGUGCGGUAUGUGUGCUCGUGCGCGGGGGCAGCCCCUUCAGAAGGCAUGCAUCAGGCAGGCGGUCUGCUGAAAAAUUUGCGUGGGAGUUCCCUUCAAAGCCCCCUCCCUCUUCCUCCCUGGCGGUCUCUCCCUCCCUCUCCCGUGCAUCCUCCCCCACAGCAGCAGCAGCAGCUUAGCCCCGCAUCCUGCUUUCUCCAGCAUCCAGCAUCCACCCGAGCCUGGGAAAGAAGCAGCAUCAAGUCCUACCCUGGCACAGCCGCUCCGACCCACGGAGGAGGAAGAGGAGGCGAAAGAGGAGGAGGGGGGACUCAUCCUCACCAUCCGAGUGAUGCCACAGCAUCAAUUGCAUUCGGAGCAGCAGCGCUGAGAGUUGAUCUUGUAUUUCAGCGCGUUCGGGAAAGAGGGAAGCGUUUCCAGACAGCCGCAAACUGCCCAUGAAGAUGUCCAACGCUGACAUCGUCCUAAACGCCGCCGAUCGGGUGGUGAAAUCUGUCCCCUUCCCCCUAAGCCACCGCCUUACCAUGAAAGAAGUGUUCGACUGUGAAGGGAAACCCCGAGUGGAUCUCCUGAAGGCCCACCUUACCAAGGAGGGCCGCGUGGAAGAAGCCGUGGCAUUGCGAAUCAUCAAUGAAGGAGCGGCAAUCCUGCGCCAGGAGAAAACCAUACUGGACAUUGAGGCACCGGUCACAGUUUGUGGGGACAUCCACGGGCAGUUCUUUGACCUGAUGAAGCUUUUCGAAGUGGGCGGAUCACCAGCCACGACACGCUACCUGUUCCUGGGGGACUAUGUCGACCGUGGCUACUUCAGUAUUGAGUGUGUUUUAUAUCUUUGGUCACUGAAAAUCCUCUAUCCAAAGACACUAUUUUUACUGCGUGGAAAUCAUGAAUGUAGACAUUUGACAGAAUAUUUCACCUUCAAACAAGAAUGUAAAAUCAAAUAUUCGGAGCAGGUGUACGACUCAUGCAUGGAUGCUUUUGACUGCCUUCCUCUGGCUGCGCUCAUGAACCAGCAGUUUCUGUGCGUCCACGGCGGACUCUCACCUGAAAUACACACCUUAGAUGAUAUUAAAAAGUUGGAUCGGUUCAAGGAGCCGCCGGCUUUCGGGCCCAUGUGUGACCUGCUGUGGUCGGAUCCUCUGGAGGACUUUGGCAAUGAGAAAACGCAGGAAUAUUUCAGCCACAACACAGUACGAGGCUGCUCCUACUUUUACAGUUACCCAGCUGUUUGUGAGUUCCUACAGAGCAAUAACCUAUUAUCAAUUAUCCGAGCACAUGAGGCACAAGAUGCAGGUUACCGGAUGUAUCGUAAAAGCCAGACCACAGGAUUCCCAUCCCUCAUCACCAUCUUCUCUGCACCAAACUACUUGGAUGUUUACAACAACAAAGCUGCUGUACUCAAAUACGAAAACAACGUCAUGAACAUCCGACAGUUCAACUGCUCACCUCAUCCCUACUGGCUGCCCAACUUCAUGGACGUCUUCACCUGGUCGCUGCCGUUCGUUGGAGAGAAAGUCACAGAGAUGCUGGUGAAUGUGUUGAGUAUAUGCUCCGAUGACGAGCUAAUGAAUGAUGAAGAUGAGAUAUUCGACGCCAAUGCAGCUGCUGCACGCAAGGAGGUGAUUCGAAACAAGAUCCGUGCAAUUGGGAAAAUGGCCAAGAUGUUCUCAGUCCUCAGAGAGGAGAGUGAAAAUGUGUUGACGCUCAAGGGCCUGACGCCCACCGGCAUGCUGCCGAGCGGGGUUCUCUCUGGGGGCAAACAGACGCUGCAGAGUGCCACCAUUGAAGCCAUUGAAGCCAUCGAGACGAGUGAUGAGGACAGAGAAGCCAUCCGUGGCUUUUCCCCCCAGCACAAGAUCACCAGUUUCGAGGAAGCCAAGGGCCUGGACCGCAUCAACGAGCGCAUGCCCCCUCGCAGGGAUGGCGUCAACCACGUGGGUCACUCCAUGGGAAAGAUGAAUAUGUCCGAGGCGAACGGCACGGAUGACAACAGCAACAUCCAGUGAGCCUCGGUUGGUGAUGGUGGUGGUUGUGGUGGAGCUAGGCGGGGGGGGGGCUCCGACCUUGCAGAUAUUCCACCUCGCCGCCCCCGUGCAGUGAGACGUUGCCAAAUCGAAAUUCAGGCCUCAGAACAUAGAAACACAAACGGGCCCACAGCAGACAGACAGAAGGGGAUCUGCAGCAAAUGUAAAAUGAGGAAAAAGGUCAUUUAUUUAGUGACAGAAUGUGAAGGUUGAGGGGAGGCCUGAGGGCUGCCGUGUAGUUAAAAGUUGUCCGCCUGUUGUCCCCUCCCUCUGCUCAAUUACAGACUGAACUAAGUCGGACAUUGUUUUGCGGACACGUGACCGACAAAAGGCAUCAUUUCAGCAUCCGUGCCAUGCAAAUGAUUUUAUUCUUUUUUUUUUUAAAUGUUUAUAUCAAGUCAUUCACUGAUUCACACCUUGAGGAUAUUUAUCUUGCUUUGAGAGUAUUAUAUCAGAACGCCUUUGGGGGGCGCGGGGGGUGUGGGGUGUCAUAGUGGGAUUUUGUCUUGCAAAGAACCGUUUUUGGCUACUUCAAAAUGUGCCCAUUCAAAUUUUCCAAACCAAUCUGCCAAAAAAAAAGACAAAUAAAUAAAUAGUGUUGAUAAUGAAAUGAAACUUUAGAGAUCAUGCUGCGUGGCGGUCAUCUUUAUUUGGAUACAAACCAUAUUUGGUUACUUGAGCAUAUUUGGAGACAUACAAGUCAGAAGAUGUCACAGGUAAAUCAUAAUCAAACAAUAUUGUCACAACAUUCCAAUGGAGGCUAAUCAUGACCUUUUUGGAAAAGUUAACAAAGGUAACAAAUGUCCCCUAACCAUGAGGAAUUCCCAUGAAAUUGAAUGGCUAAUCUGUCAAGGUGUUAAAGUGGAUUAUUUUAUUUAUUUACCUUGUAUUGAUAUUUUCUUGAAAGAUAAGCAUUAAAAAGUCACUGCAGUGUGAGAUUAAAUCUCCACAUGACUCGCCGCCAGUCAUCUCCUAGCAACUCGGAGGAGUUGAGGGCAGAAAAGUGGGGGAUGGGAGACUUAAUCUCCUCGGUAUCUACAGUAUCUAUUAAGAGAAUGUGAAAAGGGAUGCAUUUUUUAUUUUUAUCAAAGCCGUCCUCAAAGAGACAUUUGCGCCUCUCUGCAUCAUUUGUGCUCACGUUGGCAACGCAUGGCAUUACCUCGCACAUCCUCACUUUCUGGAAAGACAAAAAAAAAAAAAAAAUACUCGAGCAUCCUCCUCCACUGAAGAAGCUUCAGCAAUCACGCCUGCGUUGCUAUAAAACAGAGACAAA